AUGGAGCACAGAAAGUCAAGAGACGCGCUCUCUUGCGAUAGAUGUCGCCACAAGAAGUUGAAGUGUUCGAAAGAGAGCCCAAUAUGCGCUUCAUGUGCCAAUAGUGGGGCAGCAUGCCACUAUAGCGGUAAAAUAGUCAGAUCACCCCUUACCAGAGCAUACCUUACGAGUGUUGAGAAAAGACUACACGGUCUGGAGUCUCUAGUCUCUCAGCUUCUCCCUGGUGUCGAUGUGAAUGAUGUACUACGGUCCCCUGAUUUGGCCAGGGCCGCAUCAUCAACUGUCAACUCUCCAAUGCCCGCGGUUUCAAGUCCACAGGAAAGUUCCAGCUCCACCGCAAAUGAUCCCGUCCUUCCUGAGGCAGUGCCAAACAGUGCCGAUGGAUUCAACUGGCAAGAGGAGAAUGUUGCCGUGGAUGUUCUGACCGACGGCAUGGCCGCGCUUUCGGUCGAGCCUACAGGGGUAGGGUAUCUCGGCUCAACGUCCGGUGUUGUGUUUCUUCGAUGCCUACUCGACUGGGCUGGCUUUCUGCAUCAGUCCAUGGCUCACGCCCAAGUACGGACUGCGGAGCCUCCCAUUUCUUUUGGAGGUGUCUUAGCGUCGUCACAAAUAUCUCAUGCCGCACUCACGAACCAGAUCUCGUCAACGCUCAUUGAUGCCUAUUUCCACGACUACCAUGUUUGCUACCCAUUUGUGCACGAAGCUACUUUCCGUGCUCAGUAUCAUGAGAUUCUUCCACGGCCACCCCAAAGAUCAUGGGACAUGCUCUACCACGCCAUUUUAGCACUCGGGGCAUGGAGCCUGAAUAACGAUCAAGUAGGCUUGGAAGACUAUCUCUAUCGUCGGGCUCUGACAUUAGGGCAACAUGAGUCAGUCUUUGAGGCAGCGAAUCUGACUUCCGUUCAAGCUCUUGUACUGUUGAGCAACCUCAGCCAGAAACGUAAUAGCCCAAAUACUGGGUGGAACCUCCUAGGCCUGGCAGUCCGUACUGCUCUCAGCCUGGCUCUUCAUAGAGAGCUGCCACACUGGAACAUUAGCCUGUUGGAACGCGAAAUGAGACGACGAGUUUGGUGGGGCCUAUACAUAUUCGACAGUGGGGCUUCAACGACCUUUGGCCGAGCGAUCAUGUUGCCCGAUCAGGACUCCAUGAACGUACACUUGGUGCUCAAUGUUGACGAUGAGUCACUUACACCCAAUACUGUCGAGCUUCCACCUGAAUCGGGCGAACCGACCCUCUACUCCUCUCUGAAAGCUCAAAGCCAGUUCCAUAUGUGUACCAACCAUAUCUCAAAUCGGCUGUUGGCCGAGCCUGGGCUAUCUGCAGAAGCGGCACUAGGUCUCAAUGCUUCCAUGGAUGCUUGGACUAACACACUCCCUCUAUAUUUGCAGCCCCUGCCACAACCCUCCUGCCAGUUGAGGUGGUAUCUGUUUGCGCGAUCCCGCAUAUGGUGGAGAUUUUGGAACCUAAAGAUUAUCGUCUUUCGCCACAUCCUGCUGCGUCGCGCCAUUUCCGAACGGGGACAAAUACCAGAUCAAGCCACCCAGGCAAGUCAAGAAGAUUGCAAAGUUAUUUGCCUCGAAGCCGCUCACUCGACUGUCAUUUCGAUACACCAGUACUCUAUGCAAGGUCUCACCAGACUGGAGGGCUGGUACGCCACAUACUUCCUUUUCCACGCAGCAUUGGUGAUAACACUCUGCAUCAUUAGUUUUCCACAUGCAGAUGAAGUCCAGAGUUGGUACGAAGAUGUUAUAUUGGCUAGGAACACGUUCCGCGAGCAUCUCGUCGAAGACUCGUUAUCAGCACGCUGUGUCGCGAUUCUCGACCAAGUCGUGCCAAACGACAAUAUGGACCCUACUCUGUUUCAGGACCUCAACUUGGACAAAAACGCCUUGAGUACUUUCCCCUGGUCCGUGGAAUCAAAUGAGCUAUUCAACUCGUUUGACUGGGAUCUGACUUCUUCCAACUUCUGA